UUAAAUACAUGGACAUUGAGAAAAAGAAUGUUAGGCAAAAAAAUGUGGGCGGUGAUCCCUCUUCCACAUAGACUUCAAUGUUCUUUCAUUCAAAAACAACCACCCGUUUUCUUGGGCAUCUCAGCCAAUUCUCAGCCAUCUAGCCACCGCUAUACUUCCACUAAUAAAAAGCAGCGGCAAAAAUUACAAAAACAGGACGAAGAAAAGCAAAAGGAAAGAGGGGCAGUAACAAAUCAGCUGAGCGGAAUAGAUGUACUUUGGGCUAUGCAGAAAGCAGCUGCUGAGAAAAAUAGAACGAGUAAUUCUAAAAGGAACAGAAAGAGAGACGGGUUAAUCUCUGCAAGCGGCCAGAAGGAGAAGGAGAAGGAGAAGGACGCUGUUGAUUAUAGCAAUGUUAGGCCUUUGUGUAUAAAGAGCGACUGGGGUCCUAGAUUGGACCGGUUGGAGAAGCGUCUUAAUGAGCUGUCUGGUGCAAAAUGAUGAUACUUUUCUCUGUUUCUUUAUUAAUUAAACCUUUUCUUUUUCUCCCCUUCUUAUAA